CCUCAACGCCAACCCCAAUCACCAUCUCGAUGCGCAAUGCGCCUUGAGCAGGAUGGAGAACCAGUUCCGCUCGUCGGAUGAGAAGCUGCUCCGCACGGGGCUCUUCUCCGACGUCACCGUCAAAUGCGGCGACAGGACGUGGCAGCUGCACAAGAACAUCCUCUGCUCGCGCUGCGUGUGGUUUGAAAAGGCGCUCACGGGCAGUUUCCAAGAGGCCAAGUCGGGCAUGGUUGAGAUCUCCAACUUCGCUCCCGAGGCCAUCGACUGGGUCGUGCGCUACAUCUACACCGGCGUGUGCGACAUCCCCUCGCUCAAAUCAUCCGCUCCCCCAACCAAGACCAACUUCGUCACCUGCUACGAGGUCUACACCGUGGCCGACUACUUCGCCCUCGCCCCGCUCGCGAAGAUCGCCCUCGACACGCUCGCAGCCGAGUUCGACGCCCGGCUCGGGCCGAUCCAGCUGCAGUACGAGUCAGCGGCGGAAUGGCUGCCGGAGCUGUGCGAGGCCAUCCGGCUCGUCUACGCCGACACGCCUCUGCCGGACGCCAACCUGACCCCGAUCCGCCGCGCUUUCGUCUCCUUCGUGCACACGGCCCGCUUCUACUUCCUGCAGGACGCCGAGUUCAACCGGUUCCUGGACGAGGAGGCGCCCGGGCUGGCGCUCGACCUGUUCCGCGCGAUGCGCGCCACGGGCGACUUCGUCGCCCACCUGCCCGACGCCUGCUGCUCGUUCUGCAAGAUGAAGCCGACCACCCGCGGCGACAAGGCGUACUACACGCACCUCGCGCCCGACACGCUCCGGCUGACGGCCUGUUGCUCCACCUGCGCCGCCAAGAAGGACCUCGGCUCCGGUAUGGCCAACUGGGCUGGCAAGCGGGGCCCCGCCGGGGCUUAGAAGGCGCCCGUCGCGCGGUAUCCGGCUUCUGCCCGCCCGUUGGCAACAUUGACCUCGGUCCCGGUGGCCACCCAGGCAGCAUUUGCCGCGGCGUGUGCUUUCAAUGGCGUGCGUGGUCUUAACAACUGGAGCAACUUUGGCGGGCCGCCUCGGUCGAACGGUCAGGGCUACUUUGGCGCUCCGCCCUGGUCGAACAGUCACGCUCCGUCUGGGUCGA